CGCCAUGUUGUCCAUGGCGCACUGAACCAACGGUAGGGAGCGGAGCGUCGGAAAAAAACAGUCCGAGAGAGAGCGACCAAGAUCCGGGCCCUUCCCCCGGCUCCGUUGGCGACGCCCUAAAUACAAGCUUUACAACGUUAGAGUAGAGAAAAACCGCACAGAAACAUCCAUGAAAGCGCCACUCGGUACCGUUGUGAAUAUCAGGAGAUCCGAUAGAUUUAUAUUGCAUCUCGAGUUGUGAAAAAAUGAGUAAAUUGUCGUUUCGGGCGCGAGCUCUGGACGCUACCAAGCCGCUGCCCGUUUUCCGUUGCGAGGAUUUACCCGACCUGCACGAGUAUGCCUCCAUUAACCGGGCCGUGCCGCAGAUGCCCACGGGGAUGGAGAAAGAAGAGGAAUCGGAACACCAUCUCCAGCGGGCCAUCUCGGCGCAGCAGGUUUACGGAGAGAAGCGGGACAACAUGCACAUCCCAGUGCCCGAGGCGGAGAGCGACAUCACGUACUACGAAUCCCUCUACCCCGGGGAGUUCAAGAUGCCAAAGCAGCUAAUUCACAUACAGCCUUUCAGCUUGGACGCAGAGCAGCCCGACUACGACUUAGACUCGGAAGAUGACGCGUUUGUCAACAAGCUGAAGAAGAAGAUGGAGAUCAGCUUCCUGCAGUUUGAGGAGAUGAUCGACCGGCUGGAGAAAGGCAGUGGACAGCAGGCGGUGAGUCUUCCCGAGGCCAAGCUGCUGCUGAAGGAGGACGACGAGCUCAUCAAGGAGGUUUUCGACUACUGGAGCCGCAAGAGGAAAACCAGCCGAGCAAACUGCCUCAUCCCAAACUGCAAGCAGGAGAGACGGGACGGCUCCAGCACCAGCGACCCCUACGUGGCCUUCAGGCGGCGCACAGAGAAGAUGCAAACCAGGAAGAACCGUAAGAACGACGAGGCGUCCUACGAGAAGAUGCUGAAGCUGCGCAGGGAUCUCAGCCGAGCCGUCACCAUCCUGGAGAUGAUCAAGAGGAGGGAGAAGAGCAAGAGAGAGCUGCUGCACCUCACACUGGAGAUCUUUGAGAAGAGGAACGUCAUGUCGGACUACAGUGGAGAGGUGAUGGCGGAGGUGUUGGCUGAGCGGGCGCUGGUGAGGCCGCAGAUCAUUCCCCUGGUCCCCGUCACUAACCAGUACCGACACCAGGACCACAUGGACCUCAAGGACUACAAGUCCAAGCCCGAGAAGGCGGAAGUCCCCCGUCAGAAGAGGAAAUACGAGAAGAAGCAGAAGGCGUUGCCGCUGUCGUCGGGCGCGCCCCACCACCCGGGGCCUGCUGUCUUCAACGCCAAGGACCUCAACCAGUACGACUUCCCCAGCUCGGACGACGAGCCCUACUCCCAGCUGCACUCAGGCUCUUCAGAAGCGGAGGAGGAGAACGACCCAGACGGUGCCUUCGCCUUUCGCAGGAAGGCCGGCUGCCAGUACUACGCUGUGCGUCAGGACCGGGUGGGCAGCUGGCCGUGGUGCGGACCCUGGGACGGCGGUUUGGCAGAAGCUCGUUUCCGCUACAGUCUCACCACGCUCACCGUGCCGCGCCGCUGCCUCGGGAUGGCCCGGCGGCGCAUGGGGCGAGGCGGCAGGGUGUUGCUGGACAGAGCGCACACGGACUACGACAACGUUUUCCACGACCUGGAUGCAGAAAAGCUCGACACGUCUCUUCCCCCGUCGUCUCCUCCUCCUGCAGCUUCUUUGCGCUCGCCGGCCUCCGACAAGUUUGCCAGUACCUCAGAAACAAAUACCUCGGACAGAAGUUCCUCCUCCCUCUCCUCCCCCUCUUCCACGGACCUCAGUCAGAUACUGUUGAAUAUAAGUUCGUGCCGAUGGAGGCACUUUAGACCACGGACACUACCACUACACGAGCUGGACAAUGCCCACCCGCUAUUCAGGAAGCUGAGUCGCAGCCUGAAGCGACCCGCCUCCUCCCCCACAGCCGCGGGGCAGCCGUUUGGCUCGCUGCGCCCGGGGAGGGUCAUCCACGCACCCCCCCCCACUGCUGCUUUCACAGCCGAACAGUACCAGCAGCAUCUGGAGCAGCUGGCCCUGAUGCAGAAGCUGCAGCUGGAGCAGGUCCAGCUGCAGCUGAAAGCCAACAGCACCGCCACUACAAACAGCACAAAGGGUCUGUCUCAUACGUUGGACCAGGCCAGCGCUCAGUUCGCCGCCUCGGCUCUCGUCACCGCCGACAAACUGCUGGCUCUGAAAACCAAGGAGGACCUCGGCCCGGGAGGAGGAGCGGUGAACGGCGUCCUCUCCCCCUCAGGUGUCUACAAGGGCUCUCACCUCUCGAGCACAGCGGCUCCACCUUCCUCUUCCUCCCCGACUCCCUCCCUGCUCCACCCCUCGGCCACCAGUAACAACAACGGCACCGCCCACCACCACCCCAACACCACUAACACCACUCAGGUUCUGCUGGGAAACAACAGCCUCCGUCUGGGGGUUCCCACCGGAAAGCGCGUCCACGCCCCCCGGACGCUGAGCAGCACCACCAUGUCCACGUCCGCCUUAAAACUCGCAGCCGCCAACUGUCAGAAACCCAAGGUCACCGCGACCUCUGCCUCGCCGCUGGACAUAGUGCCCAGGGAGAAUCACGAACAAGAGAAGCCAGCACUGAACAGUCUGUCAGAGAACACAGUGGCCAUGGAGGUCACGUAGGGGGGAGGGGGAGAGGAACCCCCAUUUUCUUUUUUAGGUGCUAUGCAUCGUUCGUUAUUGGUGGCGGAAUGAGCAAGACUUGGUUUCCUCGGCAACUGUUUUGGGACUUAAUUGCAAUGCUCGUCUCGUACAAAUCUUUUUUUCUUCCUCCCCCUUCCCCCCCAUUUCCCCUAUUUGUUACUGUUGAUAAGAGAUCGUCUGUAAAUUCUUAAUAUGACAAUUAUAUGUACAGUACUGCAUAUUUGUAAUACCCUCCCACACACCCCCCCACCCCUUUGUUCUUGUAUAUAACAUUACUUGAAUACAGAAUUGUUCAUUUGUGAUGUUUUGCACUCGAGAUAUAAAAAAAAAAAUCAAAAUUAAAACAAGAGAACGACAAACUGCAACUGGUGCGAGUGUGAGAGAAAUGUAUGUCAUCAUCACAUGGUGCGGGACCUGCUGUUGGAUCUAUUUAUUGUGCCGUGUUUACAAACCUUUAUUUUCCCGUUCAUGUUUUUUAUUUUUAAAUCCGUUUACCCCAAACCCCCCCUUUUUUUUUUGUACACACUGUACCCCUCACCGGUUCCCCCCCUUAUCAGUGUUUAGCUAGAUUAAAAAAGAAAACUUUAAAAAAAACUCUGUAUCAUUUUGGAUGUUGUGAACAUGGCCGGGGGCUCGUCUGAUUUCUGUAGGACGAACUUCCAUGAUGUUCCCGUCAUGUUGCAUUCAGGCGCAGGGCCGGAGAAGAAAAACCACGACGGGUGUGAUUUGUUUGUCGUAGGCAUCAGUUUGUCAGUUUCCACAAUGAUCUUCCAUACAUAUAAUAUUCCUGAGACGAGGAACAAAACAAUGGGGGGGUUGAAUCUUUCCCAGAAGACUUUGCUGCUUCUGAUUUAUCUAAGCACUAUAUCAUUUGUUUGUUGAUUUAAUGCUGCUUUUGUAUGAUUUCCGCCGUCUGGUUCGCACCGGAUGGUUUUAUUUACUUCAUCUCUCAAAGAUAACCCUUUUUUUAUUUUUAAGAAUAAAUAUUUUUGUAUCCCCCACACAUUUAUUUUUUCAUUAUAAUUCCCCUCACUUCAUUCUUUUGUUACUUGUUGAUCAAAAAAUAAAUUAAAGGGAGUAAAAAAAAAAAUGCAGUAACUGACAUUAUCAUUCCAGCUUCUACAUAGAACAUGAUGUAUGAAUUGAAAAUAAAAGAAAAAAAGCCUUUUUUCUCUACUUUUAGAAACUAUCCUGAAGGCUGAAAGGCCUCGAACCACACGUUAUUGGGUGCCUUCAUUUGGGACGUACAAAAAGAAAUAACCGUUAUUAAAAAAAUCAUCGCUUUCUUCUGUGAAGAGUUUGGUACUGAACAAGGCUACUUGUAGUUUCUCUUUGUCUGUACCACAAUCCCAAAGCCUAUUCCACUGGCCCAGUUUAUUCGUGAGUUUUUGUUUUGUUUUUGUAGACCCUUCAACCACACACACACACACACGGGAAAGACUUAAAAAUCCUCUUGAAUUGUCACAAAAUGAAAUAAAAAUCGAGGGCAUUAUGUGUUUGACCAGCA